ACUGGAAGUUUCAGCCUAUAAAACACCUGCGUGCUACUAUGACUCUGCCUCAUUCCCUUCUAUAGUAAACACCAUCAUGUUGCCUUCCCGCUUCAUCAUGUUUGCGCUGCUCAGCUUCCUCGCUGGCGUCAAUGCGUGUGUACAGUGCCCAGCCACAGUGAUGUUCGAAGGUAGUGCCACGAAACUAGCCCAAACCAUCCCAGGCGAUGUCAUAUCUUGCAUUUACCGUAAGAGCACCAGCCCAGCACUGGUCUGUCGGUAUGAUGUCAUCUUUGGCUACAAUAUAGAGGGGCAUGAUUAUUGUCCGACAUUCGCAAUUGUGAAGAGGUGGGGGAGACGAGACACCCAACAGGAGGAGCCAUGUUCGUCUGCAGACAACGGUGUAUUCGGCAGUACUUAGAUCAC